GAAUGUACGCUCACGCUAGCUUUACUGUCUUCAAAGAUCUAGCUUCCAAGUUUCCAACUAAAUCUUUCGAUGACUGACAUAAUCUCCCGCCUGAUUCCAUAAAGAAUCAACCUUCAUUCUUCUUUCCCCCUCGAAAUCCUCUGUCGCUGUUUCCAACCAGAACUCCAUAUUUCCCUCUCUUGUUUGUAUUCUUUACAAAUCAUUUUCUGUUUCCAUAUUUGAGGCUUCGCAAGAAUCUAUACUCUGCUCCAGACUCUCUCGGAACUUUUCUUUUCCUCUGUUACUCUUUUCUCAGGACAUGAGAUUUGCAUUACAGAGCCACUUCUUCUCCAACCACACCUUUGAUUGGAAGCUUUGUGUUUCCUCUGUCUGAGGUCUAGUGCUUUUGUUGGCAGGUGUUCAAUGAGAAAAGCGGUCAAGAAGCUUACGCCCCAUUUACUUCAGUUUCAAUACAUGCCUAUUUUCUGAUACGGUAACGGUACUACGGUCUUCCUCCUCCUCUGCUUCUAUCUUUUUCCUACUCUGUUCUGUGGCGGGGGGGCAUGGCAAAACUUCCCAAUAUGUUGUCUUUGUGGAACUUGUUGGUGUUGUCACUGGCUUUAAAUGUGAGUUUGAUCCUGAGAAUGGUGUACGAGAGAGAACAAGGCUACAAAGGCUCUUCUUGCUUCAAGAAGCAGGGAGAUGGGCAUGUCUUUCAUGAGGCAAGUUUAACCAUAUCCUCCUCCUCCUCCUCGUCUUCGUCUUCCAAUUUGGCUAAUUCUUCUUGUCCCAAUCAUCCACAAGGCAGCGAAAGAGUGAUCAAUCUGGACCACGGAGAUCCGACAGUUUAUGAGACAUUUUGGCGGAAAAUGGGUGACAAGACCACGAUUACAAUCCCAGGAUGGCAAUCCAUGAGCUAUUUUUCCGAUGCCUCCAACAUUUGUUGGUUUAUGGAGCCUGAGUUAGCGAAGGAGGUGGUAAGGCUGCACAAUGUGGUUGGCAAUGCCGUCACAGAAGGUCGCCAUAUUGUAGUUGGGACAGGUUCUUCUCAGCUCUUUCUGGCUGCUCUUUAUGCUCUGUCUCCUCCUGAUGCAGCUGAACCAAUAAGCGUUGUAUCCGCCGCGCCAUAUUACUCGUCAUACCCUUCAAUGACUGAUUACCAGAAGUCAGGACUGUACAAAUGGGCUGGCGAUGCAGAUAGUUUUGACAAAGAAGGACCCUACAUUGAGCUUGUUACUUCCCCAAACAACCCUGAUGGAUAUGUGAGACGCUCUGUGGUGAACCGAAGCGAAGGAUUAUUGGUUCAUGACCUUGCCUAUUACUGGCCACAAUAUACUCCCAUCUCUUCCCCUGCAGAUCAUGACCUAACUCUUUUCACGGUCUCUAAAAGCACUGGCCAUGCUGGAAUGCGAAUAGGGUGGGCACUUGUGAGAGACCAAGAGGUAGCGAAGAAAAUGACUAAAUUUAUAGAGCUAAAUACAAUAGGCGUGUCAAAGGAUUCGCAGCUGAGAGCCGCCAAGGUUUUAAGGGCAGUGUCCGAUAGCUGCGAGCAAGAAAGAAGCUCCCAAGGGGUAGAGUCAUUCUUCAAGUUCAGCUACAACCUUAUGUCUCAGAGGUGGAAGCAGCUCAGAACAGUAGUUGAACGCAGCGGGAUGUUCAGUCUGCCAAGCUUUUCUCCUGCUUUCUGCACCUUCUUCACUCAGGUCCUUGAACCUCAACCUGCUUUCGUGUGGUUGAAGUGUGAGAGGGAUAUAGAGGACUGUGAGAGUUUUCUUCGAGGGCACAAGAUCUUAACUAGAAGUGGGAGGCAUUUUGGGGUUUGCCCCAAAUACGUGAGAAUUAGCAUGUUGGACACAGAUGAAAAUUUCAUGCGGUUUUUAGACAGAUUAUCUGCCAUACGGUCAUGAAUCAAACAAAGAGACGCAAGUGUUUGCAGCUAGGGAGCAGGAUUGGAUUAUUUAUGUGGAAGUAGGGAGCUCAGGAGCACAGUUUUGUUGAGCCAUGGAGGAAGGAACGUGCUUCGUAUAUAUCUACGAGCCUUGGGUUUCAUCUUUUGCCACAACAGCAUUAAUUUAUUAGCCAUCUUGGUGCUUAUCUGUGCGGUUGAUUGGCCAAAUCCAUUGUGUUUUCAUUGGUACUUGAGAAAGAAUGAAAGAGGCAGACAUUUUUUGUGCAAUCCUGUAGAGAGAGAGAGACAGAGAGAGGAGAGAGAGAAUUUCAACCACCAAUGUCUUGGGACAUUCGAAGGUCAUGAGCAUGAUGACAUUGGAUGGUGCAAUUAAUUAGAGUUUCAUGACCUCUGUUUAAUUAACGUCCAUCUACCACUUUCUGGUU